AAAAAAAAAUCGACUUUAUCCUAACAUCUCCUUUGUUUCUAGCAUUCUGUUGAAUCACUUGAAAGUUUAACGUAUGCUAUUGAUCGUAAUCAAUUAACAGCAGAUUUAAAUGGAACAUUUCCAUAUAAUCAUAUUCGUUGGUUAGAUUUUCGAUUAAAUUUAGAAUCAUUUGUAUAUAAUUCAAAAGAAACUUUACAUGCAUAUGAAUUACUUUAUAAUGAACUUCAACAAGUUGAUCUAUCGAAUAAUGUUAUUCGAGCACAAGAUGCUAUUGAAACACAUAUGACAGUAUUUAAAGAUCAAUUAUCACGUGUUAAUAUUGAACCAUUAAUAAAUGAUGGACAACAUUUAUUAAAUAUGUUAAGAGGAAAUAAUUUAGAAAAUGAAAAUUUAUUAUUAAAAGCACAUCAACAACGAACAUAUCCAUUUGAUUAUUUUGAUGAAGCAAGAAAAAUUUCAUUAGUAAUGGAUAACCUUCGUUCAGCAAAAGAACGUUGUUUUCAAUUAUGGCAUCAGAAAAAAAAUCGUUUAGAACAAAAUUUACAAUUAAGAUUAUUUGAACAAGAUUGUGAUCGAUUAUGUGCAUGGAUUGGAAAUAGUCGUUCAAUUCUUGGUCCAAAAUAUACUGAUAUUGGUUCAAGUUGUUCACAAGCUAUGCAACUCUUAGCUGAACAUGAACAAUUUGCUAAAGUUUGUUUAAAUAAUGAAACAGUUAUUCGUCGAACACAAAAUGUUGGUGAUCGACUUAUAGCAAGUGGACAUUAUGCAACCAAUGCUAUUAAAAGUCAAAUGAAUCGUUUAAAUGAUGAAUGGCAAAGUUUAACACGAUUGCUUGAUAAUCGUACAAAUAUUUUAACAGCUUCAUUACAAUUUCAUCAAAAAGCUGAUGAAUAUCUUGUACAAGUACCAACAUGGAAACAUUUAUGUUCAUUAACAGAUGAUUUAACAACAAUUGAAAGUAUGGAACAUUUAGAACGUUUACUUCAACAACAUUUUAAUUUAUCAGAAAAUAUUUCAAGAAUUUAUGCUCAAAUCUGUAACGAUGGUAAAGCAAUAAUUGAUUCUGUAGCUCCAUCACAACAGACAACAAAUGAUUAUCAAUUUGAUUUUCGUGCUGGUGCUAAACAUAUUCUUGAAAUAGUUCAAGAAAUUUUAGUUAAUCAUCGAUAUCUUGAUGCUAAAUGGAAUCAACGUAAAGGAUAUUUACAACAAAGACUUAGUUUUGUUGCAUUUGCUAAUGAUGUUCAACAGAUUCUUGAUUGGAUUGAAAAACAUGGUGAUGCAUUUUUACAAAAAAAUCUUGCUGUUGGUAUUGGAAAAUCACUUCGACAAGCAAAAAAACUUGAUAAAAUGCAUACAGAUUUUGAAAUGGCUAUAAAAAAUACAAAAACUAAUGCAGAAAAUUUAAUAGCUGCUGCUGAUAAUAUGUAUAAUGAACAAUUACAACAACAAAAACAAUCUCAAAUAAAUAGUAAUAAUAAUAAUAAUAAUAAUAAUAAUAAUAAUAAUCAAAAAAGUGAAGAAGAUAAUACUGAUAAACAAUUAAAUCAAGGUCGAACAAAAAUUUAUCAAUUAGCACAUGAUCUUGAACGACGUAUGCGUGAAUUUGAUGAACGUGUUGCUCGUCGUCGAUAUAUACUUGAUGUUAAUCUUAAUUUUCAUACACAUUGUGAAGAAUAUUCAGAUUGGUUAGCACAAGUUGAACUUGUUUGGUCAACAACAGGAAGUGGUGGUGGUGAUGAUGAUGAUCAUGAAAUGAUUGCUACUAAUUGUGAAGAAAUGCUUGAAGCUUUAAUAGAACAACAUGAAGGAGCAAUUGAAGCAUGUGCAACUAUUGAACAAGAAGGACAAAUUCUUUUAGAUUAUUUAACGUAUGUUUGUCGUUUUUUU